CUAAAAGUAAGAGCUUUAAAAAACCAUAGCCAAACAAGGAAUAACAAGGCCAUGCGUUGUUCUUAUUAUAAUCCAUGUCCAUCUUCUUCUCCUCGGGUUCUCAGCUUUUCUUCUAAGGAUCACGUCAGCACUUUCCUGCUGCUUGAAUCAGUUUCCCGGCAAACCGUUUUCUCCUAGAGGUUUUCAUUACAUCAUCUCUGCAAUCUUUGGACCUACAUAAAGGAAGACAACUACUAUUUUGUGGUAGUGGGAAUUGAAAUUCUAGAGGCAAUGAGUCAUUUUUCCUCCAUGUUCAACGGCUUAGCGAGGUCGUUUUCGAUAAUGCGAGCGAAAAAUCCAGGGAAUGGUGAUGGAAGAGAAGCUGCUGAGGCUAUGGCAAAGGAUGCAAAGAAGAAUGGCCUGAUUUUGAGGUCUUCUGGUGUUGUAAACACCGAUGGUUCCGACAAUUUUGCCUCGGUUUUCUCCAAGAGAGGCCGAAAAGGAGUGAACCAGGAUUGUUCCAUUGUAUGGGAGGAAUUUGGAUGUCAAGCAGACAUGCUGUUUUGUGGAAUAUUUGAUGGUCACGGUCCAUGGGGUCAUUUUGUUGCGAAAAGGGUCCGAGAAUCGAUGCCGUCUUCCUUGCUCUGCAAUUGGCAAGAGACUAUAGCUCGGGCAUCGCUUGAUGAGGAUAUCGAUUUGGAAUCCGAUAUAAAGCAUCAGAGAUUUCAUAUAUGGAAGCAUUCUUAUCUGAAGACUUGCGCUUUAGUCGAUCGAGAGCUCGAGCACCAUAGGAAGAUCGAUUCCUUCCAUAGCGGAACAACUGCCUUGACGAUUGUCAGACAGGGUGAUCUUAUAUUUGUAGCCAACGUUGGUGAUUCUCGGGCUGUUUUGGCUACCACAUCAGACGAUGGAACGUUGGUUCCCGUUCAGCUCACUGUCGAUUUCAAGCCAAGUUUACCUCAGGAGGCGGAGCGGAUAAUUCAAUGCAAUGGGCGGGUGUUUUGCUUGCAUGAUGAGCCAGGGGUACACAGGGUUUGGCUUCCUCAUGAGGAGUCACCAGGACUGGCUAUGUCUCGAGCUUUCGGAGAUUACUGCAUUAAGGAUUACGGACUCAUCUCCGUUCCCGAAGUCACUCAAAGACAUAUAACCAGCAGAGACCAGUUUGUUGUCCUUGCAACUGAUGGUGUAUGGGAUGUUGUUUCCAAUCAAGAAGCGGUUCAGAUAGUGUCUUCAACACCGGACAAGGCAAAGGCGGCGAAGCGUCUGGUCGAGAACGCGGCCCGUGCUUGGAAAAAGAAGAGAAAGGGCAUCGCAAUGGACGAUAUUUCGGCCAUCUGCCUCUUCUUCCAUUCAACUCCAUUAUCUUAGCAUCAAGCUUAUGUAAAUGAACAAGCUAAUUGCUGUUAAAAUUUUAUGGCCACAUAUUUGCAUUAAUUUUCUU